AUGUCAGAAGAAAAUGUUCCUCUGGUACCAUCUGGAGAGGAAGACAGACGUACAAAUGAAGACUCGUCAAAUCAGUCUCGAACAACCUUGUCUAGAUCACAGCUCAUAUGGUCUUUGUUAACCAUUCUUAGUACAAUCAUCAUUCUCACACUCAUUAUCGUCAUCCCUGUUGUAACACGUCAAUCAUCGCCAAUUACACAACGCAUCGAUUGUUAUCCCGAAGCUAAAUCAAGAUUUUCAAAUUAUUCGAAAGAAGCCUGUCUCAAACGCAAUUGUCUGUUCGAUGAGACGCCACGUCUAAAUGUUACUCAAUGUUAUUUGAAUCCUGCCUACGGCUAUAUAUUUCAAGAAGAAGUACAAACAAAGACAGGUAUACAAAUAAAACUGCAACGAAAUCAAGCGAUUGCUAGUAUGUUUCCGGAACCUAUCGAUAAUGUAAUACUUAACGUUCAAUAUUACACUAACGAUAUACUUCGAUUCAAACUUUACGACAAUAAUAAUCAACGAUACGAGGUGCCGAUUCCAUUGGCUGACUCGCCCGGCCGCCCUUCGUCGGUACAGUACGAGUUCACUUAUUCAUCAAAAAUUUUACCUCACAAUCUGUUUUCGUUCGCUGUCAAACGUCGUACAAGUCAAACUGUUCUAUUUGAUACAUCUCUCGGUGGUCUCAUGCUCAAUAAUCAAUUUCUUCAAAUCGUUACACGACUUCAAUCGCCACAUAUUUACGGAUUUGGUGAGAACAAUCAUGAUACACUCAAACAUAAUGUAUAUGAACAAAAAACAUGGGGUAUUUUUGCACGUGAUCAAAGUACGAAUUGGGAGCCGAACACGAAUCAGUAUGGUUCACAUCCAUUCUAUGUUCUCAUGGAACAAAUACCAAACACAGAUGGAAUUCCAUCAGGUCAUAUGCAUGGAGUUCUCUUACUCAAUUCAAAUGCUAUGGACUACUCAUUUGGCUCGACACCAUCGUUAACGAUACGUACAAUCGGUGGUAUUCUCGAUUUUUUCAUUUUUCUUGGUCCAACACCAGAACAAGUCAUUCAACAAUAUACAUGGCUUAUUGGACGAUCUAUUUUACCACCAUAUUGGUCACUUGGUUUUCAACUUUCUCGAUGGGGUUACUCCAAUUUGAACCAUAUGCAAACGGUCAUAGAACGCAAUCACAAUGCUGGAGUACCAUUUGAUGUACAAUAUGCUGAUAUUGAUUAUAUGGAUUCAAAAAAAGAUUUUACGAUCGAUCCAAUUCAUUUUCGUCGAAUAAAUGAAUAUGUUUCUCAACUGCAUCAACAUGGUAUAAGAACAAUUGUUAUUCUCGAUCCGAGUAUGAUUGAUGAUAAAGAUAAUUAUGCGCCAACUAUUGAAGGCAUUCAAGAAGAUGUAUUUAUUUCAUGGGAUCAUAAGAAGAAAUUGAUAAAAGGAGUUUGUUGGCCAGGCAAUGUGUUCUUUCCAGAUUUUUUUACACAUCAAACACAAGUUUGGUGGUCACGAUGGAUAAAAAAUUUUCGACAAGUCAAUUUGACGUUCGAUGGACUUUGGAUUGAUAUGAAUGAGCCUGCUUCAUUCAAUACAAAUGAUCCACUUCCAUGGAAUUGGAUGGAGACUAACAAUAGUUAUACGCUCAAAUGUCCACAAAACCUAUUUGACGAUCCACCAUAUCGUACGAAGGCUGCAUUUCGAUAUGAUGACAAAAUGAAUCGAUCUGCUCGCCUUUCUGAUCGUACUAUAUGCAUGACAGCUCUGCAGGGAGAAAUAAAUCCAACGACAGAUAGACCUAAAUAUCGACACUAUGAUAUUCACAAUCUUUAUGGCUGGAGUGAAACAAGAGCAACAUGGAAUGCGCUACAAUUAGCAAUAAAUAAACGAAGUUUAAUUUUAUCUCGUUCGACUUUUGUCGGUUCGGGCCAAUGGAGUAGUCAUUGGUUCGGAGAUAAUGAAGCGACAUGGCAUGAAAUGAAACGAUCUUUGAUUAUGAUGAUUGAAUUCAAUUGGUUUGGUAUUCCACUCAGUGGUGCUGACAUUUGUGGUUUUGACAAACUACCAAGUGAAGAAAUGUGCAUUCGAUGGAUGCAACUUGGUGCCUUCUACCCAUUUUCUCGAAAUCACAACAAUAGAAAAGCAUUCGAGCAAGAUCCAGCUUCUUGGCCUGCAUCAGCUGUUUCCAUCAUGAUUUCGGCUCUUCGAAUUCGUUAUACUCUUCUACCCUACUAUUAUACAUUGUUCUACAAAGCACAUACACAAGGUUCGACUGUUAUUCGACCAUUGUUUCAUGAAUUUCCAACAGAUAAAACAACACUCGAUAUUUAUCUUCAAUUUCUUAUCGGACCGUAUAUCAUGAUAGCUCCUGUUACCGAUGAUGGAGCACGACAAGUUCGACUCUAUAUUCCUUCAUUACAUUGGUACGAUUAUUAUACAGGUUCACUUAUUCAAGCACAACAACAAUUUGUGAUUAUAGAAGCACCAUUAGAAACCAUUCCAAUUUUGUUGAGAGGUGGAGCUAUUUUACCAACACAAGGCUAUGCUUUGAAUACAAAAUAUUCAAGAACGAAACCUUUUGGACUUAUUAUUGUGCUAAAUGCAAAUGGUCAAGCAGAAGGAGAUCUCUUCUAUGAUGAUGGUGAAUCUCUUGAUACAAUCGAUUCAGAAAGUUAUUAUUAUGCAUCAUUCACAUGGUCAUCAGAUAACAGUCAGUUGUCGAUUAAUGUUAUCAAGAAUAACUAUGCACAUAUGUCAGAAUUAAUCUUAGAUUCAUUGGUCAUCUAUGGAUGGAAUCGAAUACCGACUAGAAUGUGUGUAAACAACAAACAAGUGUAUCCAAUAAUGAGACUUCAUACGGAAAUUGUUCAUAUUGAGAAAUUGGCAUUGGUCAUGAACAAAAAUCACAUAGUCACAUGGGACGAAAUUGUGGAUAAUGAUGAUUGAACACUGUUACAAUCGGUUCAAUUGAAAUUAUUUUCAUUUGUAACCGAAAAUAUUAUAUAGUUACUGUUACAGACUCUGCCUUUUACACUUUAUUUAUUUUCGUUCUGCUAUGAUGCAUGUUGUUUUCUUUCAUUCUAUAUCGUUUCGUUCACUGUAAGUGAUAUCAUCUAAUUCGUUAUUAUAUCUUUUAUUGUUGCGAUUAGAUUUAUCGUUUUUUUUGUUCGUAUUAUAUCAUCCUUUCUUCUUUUUAGAUCAUCUCUUUAUUGUGUUCGUUUUCUCUUUCUCUUCCCUAGAUUCGUGUAGUAGUAUAUAUACAAGCGUUCUUUCUUGUCUCUCUGAUUCGUUAGAUAGAAAAAUCUUUUAUUUUCGGAAAUUCUGUGGAUUUUUUUAGACUUAGCACCUAAAAUAUAGUCUUUGAGUGAAGGAUCAUUUUUUUUAUAAUUAAAAUUAAUUUACUCCUAUUAAAAUGUUUUUCCUAAUCGAAGACCUGGCAUUCUGCAAUACUUACGAUGGAACAUAUUUAGGUGUUCAAACUGUUUAGGCCCCAUCUUUCGGCCAUAAGUAGACCUCAAUGAUGUAUGAAGAACUUGAAGAAGAUUCAUUCUCUCGCGCCUUUGCUCUAGAGAAAUGGCUGUUCUACUGGAUAUUCAGUCAAAGACACGGCAUUUCGAGAAAAAUCAAAUAGAUGAAUUUUGAUCUGAAAUUUCACUUAUAAAUAGGUCUAAUGAUUCGUCGAAUAUUCUUAACGUUUCAAUCAAAACGGAUGCUCUCAUAGAGUGUUACUAGAAUUUCAAUGAACAUCCAUAUUUUGACAGGACAUUCUAAAGUCGAGAUUUUCUAAAAACGAAAUAUCUCAUUAAGAGAGUAUCCGUUUUUGCUGAAACGCUAAGGAUAUUCGAUGAAUCAUUAGAUCUAUGUAUAGACGAAAUUUCAGACUAAAAUUCAUUCAUUUGAUUUUUCUCGAAAUGCCAUGCCUUGGAUCAAACCACUCAAUGAAGCAGUCAUAUCUCGAGAACAAAGGCGCGAGGGAAUUAAUUAUGUUCCCUCGUCAGUUAGGAUUGAAUCAAAAUCAACCAACAAAAUUGAACUUUUUCAGAUCUUUUAUCGACAAUUGAAUAUUUGAUUACAAAAUAAUCUCAAUAUUAAUACAAGGUACAGCUAUCAUGAUUCAGUGUUUUGAGAUUUCAAAUCAAAUAUUCAAGCACUAAUGAAAGUUAUUGGCUAACCAGAGAACCUUCCCAAGUGCCAGAGCGCUUUUCAGUCGAGGUUUUGCGCAUCUUGUAGCCCAUAGUGAGCUAUGUCUAUGGUAAAAAAAAAUUCGGACCCCUGGCUUGUUUCUGCGGAGAUAUCGAACUUCUAGUGAA